UCACAAGCCUCAAGCAGCGAGCUUUCCUUGGAAUGUCAUCAUUCUUUUGUUUUGUAAACAAAAUCUCGCAUUAUGCGAAUAAUUAAGAAAGAACCGUGGUCUAACUGGUGUCGUCUUUGUGCUAAAUCUUGUGAAGAUACCCUCAAUUUCAGUGAUGAUAACGAAGAAGUCAAUCUCUUCUUGAAUUGUGCCCAAAAAUACCUGUCUAUCAGGUUGAAAGACAACUUGAACUUUCCUCAAAGAGUUUGCAAUGAUUGUAACAAACAUGUGUCCAGUUUUGACAACUUUGUCAAACAGUGUAGCCGAGUUCAAUCUUUAUUCGAAGCACUUGAACAAAACAAAGACUCAGUGGUCGAUCUUGAGUCCUACAGAUCAACAUAUCUAUCAGAACCUGUUAAACUGGAAAAUGAUUCCUAUUUAUUGAUCACAGUGCCACCAGAUGCUGUGCAGGAAGAGGACUCGGACGGAGAAAGUGAUUUUGGUAUAACUGACGAUAAUGUUGUCGUUGAAUUAGGAGAAAGUAGCAAUGAAGCUUGGCCAACCAAAGAGCAGGAAUCAUCUUACACUGAGAAUCAUUCCGAUGAACGCAGCGCGUCCAAGAGGAAAAAAGGAAAAAUUGAUGGAAACAAGAAGAAAGAUGGCAAACUAAAUCACAGUAAACCUAUUAAGAAAUUGAAAUUGAAGAGUGUAGCAUCCAAUGCAAAAUCAAGAAAGAAAGUUGGACGUCCUAAAAAAAUUGAUGGCACUAGUAAAAAAAGAACAAAGAAAGAUAAAGAAGGUGAAGGCAGUGGUGAUUGGCAGCUUGUUGAGUGCGGAACUGAUGAAAAUGUGGACGGUAAAAAAGUAGAAACCAAGCAAAAAGAACACAGUUCUUCAAAUCAUUUCACAUUUACAUGUCAUGUUUGCCUGCAUGUGUCCGCCAAUUGGAAUGCGUUGAACAAACAUUGUCAAGCUGAGCAUGAUACUAAGGCCUAUGUUGACUGUACCUGUGGUAAACGGCUCACCACCAGAACUUCAAUAAUCGAACAUAGAGCCAAACACUCACGAGACUUCUCAUUCAAGUGUGAGCACUGCGAAAAAUCAUUUCAUCGGAAGUCUCUACUCAUCUCUCACUUACUUUCACAUGUCCCAAAAGAUGAACAGCCUUUUGUCUGCUGCAAGUGUGCACGACGGUUUCAUUGUGAGGCUCUCCUGCGAAACCAUGAAAAAGUUCAUUUGCCGAAAGAAGAGCGAUUUGUUUUUCCGUGCAAAGUCUGUCAUAAGAAUUUUUGCAGCAAAUCUGCUGUCUCUGCUCAUGUGAAAGCAAUUCAUUUUGGAGAAAAACCAUUUGUGUGCGAUCAGUGCGGAAACAGCUUUGCGUCCAAAGGUAUUCUCCAGGAACACUUGACAGUGCAUAGUGAUGAAAUGCCGUGGGUCUGCACUGUUUGCAAUAAAAGGUUCAAAACGAAGUAUCGAUUGAACGUCCACAUGGAUAUCCAUAGAGACACUCCGUAUUUAUGUCCUCAUUGUCCAAUGCAGCUAUCAACUCGGCGUACGUUAAGAAUGCAUUUAGUUAUUCAUCGCGACACAAAAGCCUACCAGUGCCCAACAUGUGGAAAAGCAUUCCGCAGAUCUAAAGAUUUAAAGAAUCACAAAAAUUUGCACACUGGAGAAAAACCGUACGUCUGUCAAUUCUGUUCUCGGACCUUUGCCAAUGGGUCCAAUUGUCGUUCUCACAAGAGACGCAUGCAUCCGGAAGAACUUCGAGAGUAUGAAGCUUCCCUAGGAAUAGGAAACCAAGGAGGAUCUUUUGAUGCAAUAGAACCACCUCCCAGAAACGAAGGGGAAGAUGAUUCAAAAGAAGAACCGUCUAAAACUCCCCCAACUCCACCGCCCAAGGAAAUGAGGGAACCCAGCAUGGAACUUAUUAAAUACGCAACCAACUCAAAUCACUUUGUUCCCAAGGAAGCUAUGAUUCCAGCAAAGCACCAGUAUCAGAACUUGUUCCACCGCAACGGACCGUAUCACCAACAAUUUGGCCCUCAUAAUUUCCCGGUAGAUUUUCCCCUGCACGAAUAUGAAAACACUUUUCAAGCUGUGUCCUAUGCUCCGGCAUUUCCUGGAAAUUCUUUCACUCAUUGAAAUUUUAGAUCCAAAGAAUAAUGUUCUUCUUCUAUUUUUCAGUUGCAUCUCUUAUAUUUAGUUUUGUCCACUGAAAAAAGGUUUUUUUUAAAUUUUUUUUUAUUUUUGUCUGUGUUUUUAUUGCAAGAAAAACACCCUAAAUUCUGUCAUACAUCACUGUUGUAAAAAUGUUACUUUUAAAGUAUGUAUAUGCAUGAUAAAGCUGCUUUCCAAGAGGAGCUCAAACUCAAAAGGAUUUUAUGCUAUGGCUUCAGCUAUUUUUUCGGAACACAAAUUAGUAUGUCAAUUGGACUCAUAGAAUCGGUGAAGCUAAGAUAAGUUUUUACUUUUGAAUUAUUUUCUUGUUCAAUGCAAGUAGGAAUGGUAUGAAAAUGCAAACUAAGUCAGACCUAUCAGUUCAUGAAUAAAAAGUUAAAUCUCACUAUUUUUAUGAGAAGGUAUGAAUGAAAAAUAGUACAAAUAUUUACCGGCAAUUUGAGAAAUCAAAAAUUUGAUUUCAGAAUCUUUUGCAAUUUGCCACACACCAAUCUCUGUUUUUUUCUCUUUUUGUUUGUAUUCCUUAACAUGUUCCUUUUAAAUUAUGGACAAUAUCUUCACAUUUUCCAAUUUACACUUACACAUACAAGCCGCUUUUAUGGUGCUCCCUGGAGCUGUGUAACAUCUAAUCGCCACUGUACUGUGUCCUCCAAUGCUCCAUUUCUCAAUUUAAUCUCGUCUAUUUUACAAUUGUAUAUCCUGUCAUUAAUACAUUUAUAUUUCUUGUCUUUGAAGUGUAUGAAGUUGGCAUCAUUUUUUUUUUCUUUUUCAUGCCAACAGCUAAAUAGUUAGAACCCAAUCAUAUUUAAUCUUCAUUUUCCAAGUAAAACUUAGCUAAUUUGUUUUUCUUUCUUUCAAGUCAAACUAAAUCGAUUUCUCUAAUUAUAAUUGGUUUAAUUUGGAAAAUAAAUUUUCAAACAGUUGACUUGUUACAAAAGUAGUGUAAUUUUUUUUAAUUUGAAUCAAAACAGCAACAAUGGUUGAAAUUCUGUGAUGAGACAUUAUUAAAAAAUCCAUUGUAUGAAAGAAUGUUUUUUUAGUGGUGUAGAAAAUUAAAUUUAGUUUCAUUACUAAAUCAAAUUGUUUGCAAGUGAAUCGCUUUUCAAAAUAUUUGAUUCAUCUGACCUUAGUUCUCAAAUGAAGACCAGAUAUAAUCGGCACUCUACUCCUAAUCGUAGAUCUAAAAAUAAGCUGGACAGUUUUUUAUCUGCUGUCAGUCAUCCCUACAAUUAUCGAAAAUUAAAAAUUUGAUUAAGGUAAAGUCCUCUAGAGUCUGUUUAAAAAACAAUCAAUGUUCAAGGAAAUCAAAAAACCUUAUUACCCUUUUUCGCGUGUAUAGAAAUAUGUAUUAAUUAAUUAUGAAGGAAAGCAAUGAUUGGAUUUUAUUGGAUCAAGAUACGUAGCAUACGUCAGUAUUUGAUAACCAGUUCAAAAAAAUAGUUAAUUCUCUGCCACUUUGAAUGUUAAAUUAUUGUUUUAAUCGCAUCAUUAUGUUUUGGAAUAUAUUGGCAAAUCUAUAUCUUCCGUCACUUUUUCUUCUGUUGUUUUAAAUCCUAGUCUCUCUUUCAAAUCAUUCCUGCUGUUUUUAAUUUUUGAGUGCCAACUACGAAUUUCUGGAGAAUUUACCAAGAGCUCUCUUUUUUAUGCAAUCACUCAUUUUGUGACUGCACUAUUCUUAAAAGCCAUUGAUUAUAAUGCAUUUCUGUUCAACUUUCUAUCUGUGAUAAAUUUCAUGAAAAAUCAGUGUAAAGAUUGUACAUAAUCUCUAAUUUAAAUGUGUAAGUAAAGAAUCUUCUUUUUUAAUGCUCUGUAUUAUUAAUGCUCUGUAAUCAUGACUUUUAAUAAAAGGUACCUAUCAUCCUAGCA